UUCUUCUUCUUCUUCUUCUGCUUCUUGUUCUAAAAGAUGUUGAUGAACCCAACUUCGAAGAGUUUAUGGUUCUUGUCCAUCACAGUAGUCGCUAUUCUCGGAAUCUUAGGACAAAACCUCCCUUGUGUCUUGUCUAGCCCACACCGUAUUCUAGUGGAUACAGAUGUCGACACAGACGAUUUCUUUGCUCUACUCUACCUCUUGAAACUCAACAAAUCAGAAUUCGAUCUAGUCGGGAUCACAUUGAGUGCAAAUGCGUGGACAAACGCAGGACACGGAGUGAAUCAUGUGUACGAUUUAUUGCACAUGAUGGGUCGUGACGAUAUCCCCGUUGGUGUCGGCGGGGAGGGUGGGAUUCUCGACGACGGCACUAUUCUCUCCGACGUCGGUGGCUAUUUCCCGAUCAUCGAACAGGGGAUGACAACGACAGGAGGAUGUAGAUACAGACAAGCCAUUCCUAAAGGAUUUGGAGGCCUACUUGACAUUGAUUCCAAUUUUGGAUUUCGUAAACAGUUUCUUCCUCAGGGAAAAAGAAGAUAUACUCCUCUCCGACAACCAACGGCACAAAAAGUAAUCGCCGACAAAGUUUCCGAAGGUCCAAUCACCGUGAUCCUCAUCGGAUCUCACACAAAUUUUGCUCUCUUCAUGAUGUCAAAUCCUAACCUCAAACACAACAUCCAACACAUCUACGUCAUGGGAGGUGGUGUACGGUCGGGAAACCCUACCGGAUGCUGUCCGGCGAAUUCCACGGCGGAGGAAUGUCAAUCUCGACAAUGUGGAAACCGUGGGAACUUGUUCACUGAUUAUACAAGUAAUCCUUACGCUGAAUUCAACAUCUUCGCUGAUCCUUUUGCUGCUUAUCAGGUAUUUCAUUCAGGUGUCCCAGUGACUUUAGUUCCUCUAGAUGCAACGAACACAAUACCUAUCAACAAGAAGUUCUUUAAGACAUUCGAAAACAACCAGAGAACAUACGAAGCUCAAUACAUUUUCUUAUCUUUGAAAAUCGCCAGAGACACUUGGUUCGACGGUGAAUUUUACAAGCCAAUUUUUUGUUGUUCUUCAUGA